GAAAACUUUUGGUCUUGAACUUCCGUGUAUGCUAUAUUGUAUUUCUAUGUUUUUAACAAUAGCUAUUCACUCAAAUCAUCCAAAUCUUAAACGUAAUAUCCUACGUAAGAGGCCAUUAUUGUGAAAGGUUGGUCGGAUGCAUUUACGUGAUUACUGCAGGUUUGAUAAUAGAGCCAAACGGAGUUUCGUUUCUGUAGCUUUUGCACUUUCACGCUGGACCAACAGUUGGUGUCAAAAUGAGCUCCAUCGGUACCGGGUACGACCUGUCGGCAUCCACCUUCUCUCCUGACGGGCGAGUUUUCCAGGUGGAGUAUGCCAUCAAGGCUGUGGAGAACAGCAGCACAGCCAUCGGGAUCCGCUGUAAAGACGGCGUUGUGUUUGGAGUGGAGAAGUUGGUGUUGUCCAAACUAUAUGAGGAAGGCUCAAACAAACGCAUCUUCAACAUUGACAGACACGUUGGCAUGGCCGUGGCGGGCCUCCUGGCGGACGCGCGCUCACUAGCUGAGGUUGCCCGUGACGAAGCCUCCAACUUCCGCUCCAACUACGGCCACGACAUCCCUCUUAAGCACUUGUCUGAACGCGUGGCCAUGUACGUGCACGCCUACACACUCUACAGCGCCGUGCGGCCGUUUGGCUGCAGCUUCAUCUUGGGCUCUCAUGACAAAGACGACGGACCGCAGCUCUACAUGGUGGACCCCUCGGGCGUCUCAUACGGUUAUUGGGGGUGUGCGAUCGGAAAAGCCAAACAAGCCGCCAAGACAGAAAUUGAAAAACUGCAGAUGAAGGACAUGACGUGCAGGGAGCUGGUCAAAGAGGUUGCCAAAAUCAUCUACAUCAUUCACGAUGAGGUGAAGGACAAAGCCUUCGAAUUGGAGCUCAGCUGGGUCGGAGAAAUCACGAACGGAAGACACGUGCUCGUCCCUAAGGACGUCAGGGAGGAGGCGGAAAAAUACGCCAAGGACUCGCUAGAAGAUGAAGAUGACUCGGACGAAGACAACAUGUGAACCUGCUGCUGACAUUUUCUUGUUUUUCAUGUUUUAUAGUUAAAAAUAAACUAAGUUGUUUCCA